AUGCAAUCAGAAUUUCAUCGUAAAGAAAAAAGAUUAGUACCAAGAUUUCGUCGUAAAAAUGCAAAUAAUAAUUUAAUUGAUGCUGAUGAUGAAGAAGCCCAAGCAUUAAUUGAAAAAGAUUUACAAAGUCAUUUUAUUUGGACAAGUGAUACAACAGAUGGUUUGGAAAAAUCUCAUCAAUUUGAUAAUGAAGAAUAUGAAGAAAAUAAUCAACAAAUUUCAAUCAUUGAUGAUUUUAAUCAAGAAUCUGUUUAUGAUAUUGAUAAUAAUCAACAAGAAUUAUGGAAAAAUAAUAUUGAAUUAAAUGAUCAACAAAUAAAAUGGACACAUGAUCAACAACAAAACAAGAUUUCAUUAAAUAUUCAUUCAAUUCAAGAUAAACAACAACAAUGGUCUCUAUAUGAUAAAAAUCAUAAAACAAUUCAAUUUAAUCUUAUUGAUCAUGAUAAUCAACAAUAUAAACAUGAUUUAGAUAAUAAUAAUAAUGAUCAAAAACAAAGUUUUAUUCAAGGAGAUGAAUUUUUAAAUAAAAUGAAAUUUGCAAUUCAAUCUGAUAAUGAACAAUUGAAUAUAUUUCCAGAUAAUUCUGAAGAUCUUCGAUUAACAACAAUUGAUACAAAUAUUCCAUCAAAAGAUUCAAUAUUAAGUCUUCCUCAACCACCAAUAAUUCUUCAUUGGAUAGAAGGAAUAUCACAAUAUACACUUUCAUUACCUGAUGAAAAAAUCUCCGAAGAAUAUUCACCAUUAACACAAAUAAAAAAUCAACUUGAUUCAAAUAGUUUAAAAGCUCUUCGAUGGUCACUUGAUUUAUUAAAAGAAAAUUUAAUUGUUUCUUAUUUACUUAGUUUACCUAAUAAUCUCAUUGAACAAUUAUCAAUUCCUGAUAAAUUUAAUUUAAAAUUAUCCAUCGAUGAAGAUAAUAAUAAACAACAAUUAUUUUCUAUAAUUGAUUUAUCAUUUAAACAAACAAUAAGUUAUUCAUCAAAUGAUAUUAAACAACAAUUAUUAACAAUUAUUGAUUUAAUUCAAAUAAAACAAAAUUUUGGAUAUGAUGAAAAGAAUUUAUUAAAUCAAUGGUCUUUACAUGAUUUUAAAAUUCUUGUACAAAAUCUUUCACCCGAAGAAAUUAUUAAUUAUCUUUAUUCACCUGAAGAUGUUCAACCAAUUUCAUAUCAACAAAUACUUAUCGAUAGUGAUGAAAUUAGUGCACGAGCUUUUCGUCGAUCUCGUUGUAAACAUAUGUCAAUAAAAGUUGAUGAUAAAGAUCAAUUAGAUUCACCACAAGGUUUAAAUUUAUUAUUUAAAGGAAAUGAACAAAUUGCGAUUGGAGAACAGUAUAUACAAAAUGAUUUUGAUCAACAACAAAUCUAUCGAGAUUUAACAAAUUGUGAAAUCUUAUUAGAAGAUGAUCUUCCUCAAUCCUAUGAUAUCACAACAAGUGAUUGUUCACCAAGUAAUUUAGGUCCUUGUUUAUUUCGAUUAGAUUAUGAACGUGAACCACCUAAAACAUGGUCACGUCUUCGUCGUGAAAUUGGUUAUAUAUCAUAUGAUGCUUCACUUCAUCAACCGAUUUAUUAUUUAGAUAAAUCAUUUAAACGUUAUGUACAUAUUCCAAAAAAACGAGAUCAAUGUUCAUAUAAUGUUUAUCGAGGUUAUGAAGAAUUUAAAGAACAAGCACGAUUAAAUCCGGAAAAUUAUUUUCGUCCACAUGAUGGAACUGAUCUUCGUCCUUUACUUCAUUGGUAUACUCAAAAACAACAUCUGUUUUCUUCAACAAAACCAAAUAUGUUAAAACCUCCAACAUUUAUUUGUCGUCGAUUAGUUUUACGAACAAUUUUAGCAAAUCUUUAUUGUGAUAGUGAACCAUGGAAAUUACUUGUUGUUAGAAUUAAAGGACAAUUUCAUUUAGCACUUGCAAAUAAAGCAACGAGACAUGUCGAAAAUAUGACAGAAGAUGAAUAUAGUGGAUAUAAAUUUGAAGAAUUAUUUACAACAAAACAACCAAAUUCAACUAGAUUUCAAGAAGAAAUUCCUAUUAAAAAACCACAAGAACAAUUUCAUAAUGUACAUUAUUGGCAAUUCGGAGAAUUUAAUAUACUUUAUUCGAAUGAAAUUGAUGGAGAAAUUACAAAUGAUAUGAUACCGAAAACAGAAACAAUUGAUCUAACGAAACAAGAAGAUAAUGUAACUAACGUAACAUCAACAGAAGAAGCUGAAAGUAAAACUGUCGAAAUGGAUGAAAAUCUUGAAUCAACACAUUCGAUCCCAUCCGAUGUUGUUCAAGAUUGGUGGAGCGCACCGGUAGAUCUCACCGGAUGGAAUGAGUUAACAACACUUGAUGAAAAUGAAAUGGAUAAACCAAUUGAAGAUGAAUGGAAAGUCGCGCAAAUCAAUGAAAAUCUUGAAUUAACAAUAAGUGAUGAAAAUGAAAUGGAUCAACCCAUUGAAGAUGAAUGGAAAGUAGCCCAAAUCAAUGAAAACCUUCAAUUAAUAACGAGUGAUGAAAAUGAAACUGAUAAACCAAUUAAAGGUGAAUCGAAAGUAACACAAAUCAAUGAAAAUGAAAGAAAACGACGAGAUGAAAAUGAAAUCAAAGCUGGUUAUGUUGAAAUGAAAUGUACAAAUAAAAAAAUAUUUUAUCGCGAUGAAAAUAAAUUACAAACACUUCAUUGGUGGGCACAAAUGUGGUUAGCUAAUACAAAUACACUUAUGAUUGGAUAUAAAACAUCAAAUAUUGGAAAUAUUGAUCAUUUAGAUUUAUUUACAAUUCAAAAACUUAUUUCAAAAUUUCUUUCUCGUUAUGAUCUUAAUCUUAAAUAUUGUCUUUCAUAUCUUUAUUCAUUUCUUAAUUUAAUUCAACAAACAGUUAAUAUUGAUGAUCCAAAUACAAUUCAUGCAUUUGCUUAUAUUCCUCAACCAUUAGAAAUUGAUCCACUGACAGGAAAACCUGUUGAUGUUGAUUUACCACAAUGUGUUCCAUUUCGAUAUACACAAAUUAAAAGAUCAAAUCAAAGACAUGCGAAUUUUAUACCUGAAUGGUAUCUUCAACAUAUUCAACGAACUAUACCAAUAGGAGGUAUAUUACAAGAUACGCAACUGAAAACAGUUGAUGAAGAAACUAAAAAACGUGUUGGACAUCGUGGAAGAUCAACUUGUAUACUUAAACAACAACAACAACAAAAAUUUCAACAUAAACGUAAAAGAAAACAGAAAUAA